AUGGCUGAUCAAAGAGAUAAUAAUAAUAAUAACCCUAACCAACCUACUACCAAGGUGUUUACAACAGUGGAGCAAGAGUUCCUCAAGCUACAAGGUCCAGCUAUAAGCUUUGAAAAUAUAGUUAAUGUAGAGUUGAAUGACUAUGAUUAUUGCAAGUUAAAGGAAUUUGUUCAAGUAGUAUUUCCUCAAUUGGUUAAUGUCAAAUCGAUGAUACUAAGUAAUAACCGAUUUGAUUAUCAUGUACCGCUAUCACACUGUACACAACUGAAAGAGUUGUACUUGCGAAAGGUCAAGUUUGACACACCUGACGUAUUCAAGAGUAUCAUUGAAGAGAUCAAAUCCCUACCAAACAUUGAACAUCUUUGUUUGUUGGAUGCCAAUAUUGGAUAUGAUAGUCAACCACCUUGCAUCUAUGGUGCACCUGAUGAGAUCAUCCUCCAAAGUAUACCUCUACUAAAGUUGUUUAAUUUCAAAAUUGUCACUCCAGCAAUGAGAGUACCGAUUGAUUUUGGCGUUAAACCAAUGGUAUUUAAUUCAACUCCUCCUUCAUCUCCAAAUAAAUCACCAUUGUUGGUGGCUCUGUCGCCUGAUCAACAACAAGAACGUCCAUUAUCAAGACAAUCAUCACCUCCUCUAAAUAUUCUAACAAGACCUUCAUCGAGACAACAAUCAUCGCCACCUCUAAAUAUUCUCACCAGACCUCCAUCAAGACAACAACAAUUACCAGCAAUACAUCUACAAUCACCAUUGAUUGAGGCUGUUGUAGAUCAAAUUCCUGUCCAACAACAACAACAACAACAACAACAACAACAACAACAACAACAACAACAACAACAACAAUCACCUGAUAUUAAAGAUGAUCAUUUGGUACCAUCCCAAGAAGUAGAACAACCAGCAGUAGUCAUUGUACAACCAAGAUCACCAGUUUUGGAAAAAGUACUGAGUAAAACAAACAGUGCAAGAAGAGUAACAACAACAUCUACUACUACUACGACUACAUCGUCCUCUCCAAUACAAAAUAUUUCUAGAACAGCAGCACCUAAACCUGUACCUGUUCCAGUGACAAAUCCAAAAGACUCUGUCCAGAUUAGUAAAAAGACAUUUUCAAGUGCUGCUGCUGUAUCUCCAUCAACUGUCAGCAAAAGAGUAUCAUCAACUACAGCCACAGCUUCACCUUCUUCACCACCUCUUACCUCGGCACCACCCAAAACAACCAACUCUAAAUUAUUAACAACCAAAAAAGCAAUUGCUCCACCACCUCCUGCUCCUGCUCCUAUAACUACUACAAGACAUCAACAACAACCAUCAUCACCACCUCUUGUUUCUUCUCCUUCUCCUCCUCUUCCUCGUACUCAUUUACCAGUUUCCAAUAAUAAUAAUAAUAAUGAUUCAAAUUUAUUGUCAACAACUAGUGUUAUUAAAGAUGAACAUCAUUUUAUAUUAAAAUCGAUUGAAUGUCUUGUUCAAACAUUGACACUUGAAGACAUUGGCAAAGUGAAACAAUUCUUAAAAGAUAGAUUCUCCCAAAUCUUGGAUGCUACUAGCACAACACCUAAAAAAUCAAACCAAUAA